AUGGCAUCACCAUUGAAGAACAUCGCCAUUAUUGGAGCGAGUGGCAGAAUUGGCGCAAUUAUACUCGAAGGUCUCCUUAAGGCUUCCCAAUUCAACAUUACAGCUAUCUUGCGCAAAGAGAGCACUGCGGUCUUCCCUCCGAAAUUUAAUGUAAUCAAGUCUGAUCUCUCUGAGAAUGACCUCGUUUCUGCCUUUCAAGGGCAGGAUGCUGUGAUCUCUGCGAUCGGGGGCAUGGGCGUGGCCGAUCAGAAAAAGAUCGUCCACGCUGCGCUUCGAGCCGGUAUCAAGCGAUUUAUUCCCUCGGAGUUCUCAGUCGACAGUCUCAAUGACGCUGUUCUACAGCUUUUACCUGUCUUUCAGGUCAAAAGGGAUCUGAUCGAAUACCUCAAGACCAAGCAGAGUGAUGGUUUGACCUGGACUGGUAUUGCUACGUCCGGUCUGCUUGACUGGUGUCUUCGCAAUAGCGCUCUUGAUUUCGAUAUUCCAAGUCGCACGGCUACUAUCUGGGAUGGUGGAAACAAGAGCUUCACCCUGACCAACGAGAAGGAGCUCCAGGAAUCCGUUGUGGCUGUCCUUCAACAUCCAGAGGAAACCUGUAAUAAAUCUUUACAUGUUGCCUCAGUAGAGACUACCCAGAUAGAGAUACUAUCUGCUCUGGAAGAAGCAACUGGAUCCAAGUGGAAAGUGAUCGAACCUACAACCGAUGCACAGGUUGAAGAGGGUGCCAAGAGGCUAUCUGCAGGUGAUUUUGGUGGUGCAUUGAUAGCACUUCGGGCAACUAUCUUUGGGAAUAAGCCUGGCCUCAAAGGAAAUUAUGCCAAAGAUACAAGGCUGGCGAAUGAUGUUCUGGGAUUGAAGUUGGACAGUGUUCAGGCUACGGUCCAGCGUGUCGUAUCAGACUAG